UCCAGCAAUUGCACCUAAGUAGGUAUUCUGACACGACUACAUCGGGCGGUUCUGCCCCAAGCAGCACGCACGCCGCCCUCGCCAUGUUUGUGCUGAACAUGUCCUUUCGACUGGCCAAUGCCGUGGGGGAGAACAGGGUCCUCCUCGUCGGGUUUGACAUCACCACGAGGUAUAGGUCCGGCAUCUCGAUCUGGAGACGACCGUUUCAUUACCUCGUCUCCGCUUUUAUCAUGUGGACGUAUCCCCGAGUGAUCGAACAGAAGUAUCCGUCCGAUAUCCUGUGGCUCCCAUGGCCGGGAUCUCGCCGCUCCGAGGCCCUUAGCUCACCGCUUGUCACGGGGAAAGCAGUUGCCGCUUGAGUCACCUAAGCAUUUUCGUUCUUGGGAUCGUGGUCACAGAUGAUUGCCCUGUCCGAGUAGGGGCAUCUUGAUUUUCUGGUUUGGCAUGGGCCCAUCAAUACGACAUCGCGGGGUGCUCCAUUCGAACCCCGGCACAUUCUUGAUUCAUUCAUUGAACGGGGGGGAUGGCUCGUUUGGA